AUGACAGCUGCGUGUAAUCACCCAAAAGUCGGUCGGCUGCGCACGAGAGAGGAAGAAGCCUCCCAUGAGAGAAACGUGCGUCUCAGGCAGACGAUAUGUGAACACAAUUCCUUCGUCAUUCACUCGUCAACGGGACGCGUCUUUUCUCUCCCAGGCACACGUCCUGAGCCCCGGCGUCAUUAUGGCGAGACCACGUUUAAUCCGGGGAGGAGGGAGGAGCAAAUUGCAAUUUUUGAUUUCUUUCUUUAUCGAAUUCAAUUAGCAUGGCUACCUACCUACCUACCUACCUACCUACCUACCUACCUAACAAUAAAUCUAUCUCGAUCUGUUCAUAUCUAUCUAUCUAUCUAUCUAUCUAUCUAUCUAUCUAUCUCUCUCUCUCUCUCUCUCUCUCUAUAUAUAUAUAUAUAUAUAUAUAUAUAUAUAUAUAUAUAUAUCCAUCUAUCUCUCAUUCUGUCUCUAUCACAACCAGUUACCUAUCUAUCUAUCUAUCUAUCUAUCUAUCUAUCUAUCUAUCUAUCUAUCUAUCUAUCUAUGUAUUUAUUUAUUUAUCGAUCUAUCUAUCAAUCUAUCUAUCUAUCUCAGUCUAUUCAUAUCUAUCUAUCUAUCUAUCUAUCUAUCUAUCUAUCUAUCUAUCUAUCUCAAUUUAUACAUACAUAUCUAUCUAUCUAUCUAUCUAAAUUUUUCAUAUCUACCUAUUUAUUCAUAUUAACCUUUUGUUAUCUAUCUAACUGUCUAUUUACAUCUUUCAAUCUAUCUCAGUCUAUUCAUAUCUAUCUAUCUGUCUAUGUACCUAUCUAUCUUUCUCAAUUUAUACAUACUUAUCUAUAUUUUUCUCAGUUUAUUCAUAUCUAUUUAUCUUUUUGUCUAUAUUAG